AUGGCAUGGUACUGGAGCGCCAAAUCACUUGGCGUCACGUCUCCGUCGGAACUAGACGAAAGUGGUAACAAGCCGAAGCUUCCCAUGCCACCAGCCAUCCCACCAGAGAAAAUUCCCAUAUUAUUGUUACCGGCAUUACCUGUUCUGUUCGCGCUGGUAGCGUGCGCGGCGGCGGGCGCCGUGCGGCCCAAGCGCGGUGUCCUCAGCGGCCUCCACUCGCCUGGCGGCCUUGCGUCCAGCGGCUACGGCUACGGCGGCCCAGCGUUGGCACCCGCGCUGAGCUACUCCGCGCCCUCCAUCAGCUACUCAGUCGCGCCGAGCUCGCUCGGCCUUGGCGCCGGUUCCGCGCUGGGCUUGGGCGCCGGGCCCGCAAUAGGCCUGGCCACCGGGCCCGCAAUAGGCCUGGCAGCGCCCGCUCCGGCCGCGCGCAUCGUGACGGUCAACAGGCUCGUGAACGUGAACCGCGUGGUGAGCGUGCCGCAAGUCGUCCACGUGCAGAAAGUGGUAUCGGUACCGCAGGUGAUAUCGGUCAACAAGCUAGUGGCGGCCCCGGCGCUGUCCGCGCCCGGCUACGGCGGCUGCGCGGCCGGCCGCUGCGGCGCCGCUCUGGGCGCCGGCUGGUGA